GUUUAAAUGAAUGACGAAAAAGAAGUUUCUAUUUUUCUAACAUAAAUAACCACCUUUUGAUUUUGCAAUUUUACGCACACAAGACAACAUCAUGAAUCAAAAGACACAGUUCUCUCUUCUCCCACCAAUGAACUCAACAACAAUCCUCCUCCUCAUAACAACCUCGCUACUUCUACUAACAUGCGCCACGCACGUGACAUCCGUAACGCCAUGUCCACCAUGCGGAAACACCACCGUACCCUUCCCACUCAGCACGACCGCCACAUGUGGAGACCCUUUAUACAAAAUCCGUUGCAGCUCCACCGGAACACUAAUAUUCGACACACUAAACAACUCCUACCCCAUCGAAUCAAUUAACCCGAAAACCCAACGGUUCGUAAUCCAACCCGCUCCACUUAUCCCUAACACGUGCACAACCACCGAUAAAAUUCACCAAGGGAUCCAGCUUAACAAUACUCUCCCUUUCAACAUCACCAGCUCAAAUACCAUUGUUUAUCUCAAUUGUACCGUCGAGCUUCUCCGAUCACCGUUGAACUGCUCAUCCGCGAGUCUCUGUCAUUCUUACAUCAACGCAACCGCUUCUAUUUCCGCGUGUCAGUCCGGUCCACUUUGUUGCACUUACCGAACCGGUGGUUCGAGUAACUCUUACAUGAUUCGUGUUAGGGAUUCAGGUUGUAGUGCUUAUUCUAGUUUUGUUAACCUUGAUUGGGGUCUUUCUGUGAACCGUUGGUCUAGACCCGGUUUGGAGAUUCAGUGGGUUUCGCCUAGAGAAACUGUUUGUGGGUCCCAAAAGGAUUGUGAUUCUGCCACGUCGACUUGUGGGCUUGAUUCUUUUUCGUCUAAUGGGAUCAAAAGGUGUUUUUGUAAUGGAGACCUUGUGUGGGACCCUAUUCAAGGGCUGUGUACUAAAAAAAUUACUUGCCUGAACCCGGAUGGAUGUCAUGACUCGAGCGAUAAGACAGCCAUAAUAGCAGGUACAACAUGUGGAGUUGGUGCUGCACUCCUCCUAGCAACAAUUGCCUUUCUUCUCUACAAACGCAACAAACGUAUAUUAGAAGCCCAACGACGCUUAGCUAAAGAGCGUGAAGGAAUUCUAAACGCAAGUGGUGGUGGCAGAGCAGCCAAACUCUUCAGUGGCAAAGAAAUAAAAAAAGCCACAAAUGACUUCUCCGCUGACCGCCUUCUCGGCAUUGGUGGCUACGGUGAAGUCUACAAAGGCAUUCUUCAAGAUGGAACAACAGUAGCCGUUAAAUGCGCCAAAAUUGGUAACGCCAAAGGGACUGACCAAGUCCUCAAUGAAGUUCGCAUAUUAUGUCAAGUUAACCACAGAAACCUUGUUGGGCUACUAGGUUGUUGUGUUGAAUUGGAACAACCAGUUUUGGUUUAUGAGUUCAUUGAAAAUGGUACACUUCUUGAUCAUUUAACAGGUCAAAUGCCAAAGGGUCGUGCUUCACUUACUUGGAAUCAUCGGCUUCAUGUCGCACGCGACACUUCGGAAGGUCUUGCUUAUCUUCACUUCAUGGCUGUUCCUCCUAUUUACCAUAGAGAUGUUAAAUCAAGCAACAUUCUUCUUGAUUUUAAGAUGAAUGCUAAGGUUUCAGAUUUCGGGUUAUCACGGUUGGCUCAAACGGAUAUGAGUCAUAUCUCAACUUGUGCUCAGGGGACACUUGGGUACCUUGAUCCUGAAUAUUAUAGAAACUAUCAGUUGACUGAUAAAAGUGAUGUUUAUAGUUUUGGCGUUGUUUUGCUUGAGCUUUUGACGUCUCAGAAGGCUAUUGAUUUUAAUAGGGCUUCCGAUGAUGUGAAUUUGGCGGUUUAUGUGCAGAGGAUGGUGGAAGAAGAGAAGUUGUUGGAUGUUGUUGAUCCUGUUUUGAAGAAUGGAGCUAGUAAUAUAGAGGUUGAGACAAUGAAGGCGUUGGUGUUUUUGGCUUUGAGUUGUUUGGAAGAGAAGAGACAGAAUCGACCUUCGAUGAAAGAGGUUUCGGAGGAGAUUGAGUAUAUCAUUAGUAUUGCCUCUGCAAAGGGAGUGGAGAAGUAGUUUACUUGUAUGAUGCUGUUUUUUAUGAUUUUGUCUACACUAUACAUGAACUUUGAUUAUGUUUAUGCUUGUUUGUAAAUUUUAAUAUAAUAUCUAUGUUAAUUUACCGAGUGAAAUGAAGUACUGGUGGAAAACAUGAUUUAAGGUUUUGUAAUUGCUUUGAUUUCAUGUAUUUAUGUUUGCAAAUGCAAAAUCAUUAUCCGUGUUAUACAGCUGCAUGUUUGCAAGGACUAAUAGAAAUGCUAGCAGAAGUUCAAUA